UCGGGCUCGGCUCCUCUGCUGGUCGUCUACUGUUCCUCUGCUCAUCAAUUUCGUCUCUCUUCUGCUUUGUUUCUGCUUCUUGCUAGAUUCUUCCAUUUCGUCGGGCGAUCUUCUUCGUUACAGAAUGGCUCCUGCUGAUGAAACCAAUGCUGCCACUGCUUCCGCUGACGCUGGCACGGGUCAGGCAGAUGAGAAGCCAAAAGCAAAGAAGGGGAGGAAGGCUGCUGCGCCUAAAGAACCCAAACCAAAGAAGGCGGCUGCUCCCAAGGCCUCCAAAACUCCUCCCUCCCACCCUCCUUACUACGAGAUGAUCAUUGAAGCAAUCAAUGCAAGAAAGGAUCGCAAGGGGACAAGCCAGUAUGCAAUUGCCAAGUUCAUUGAGGAUAAGAGAAAAGACCAAUUGCCCUCCAAUUUCCGAAAACUAUUGCUGGUUCAGUUGAAGAAGUUGGUUGCGCAGGAUAAGCUUGCGAAGGUCAAGGGCUCGUACAAGCUCCCGGCCAAAGAGAAGGUCUCCAAAAAGCCGGCUGCUCCAAAGAAGCCGGCUCCCGCCGCAAAGCCAAAGGCUCCUCCUAAAUCUCCCUCGAAGCCCAAGCCCGCUGCAGCGAAACCGAAGCCCAAGCCCAAGCCAAAGCCAAAGGCUAAGCCAGCUGCUUCGGCGAAGCCCAAGCCAAAGACCACCACCGUCAAGAAGCCAGCAACCCCGAAGAAGCCUACCGCCUCAAAGCCCGCGUCUAAGGUAGCCAAGACGUCUGCAAAGGCUUCUCCUGGUGCGAAAAAGCCAGCGAAGAAGACGACUGCCGCAGUGGCAAAGAAGCCGGCGGCAUCUAAGGCGGUGAAGGUCAAGAAGCCAAGGAGCGUCAAAACAGCCACGAAGGCGAAGGUGCCGGCAAAGAGGGCAGCAGGGAAGAAAGGGGCGAAGUGAAGGGGGUGAACGAAUGGUAUAGUCGUAGGUUGGAUGUUUGUAAAUUGCCUCUGACUUAGGUGGAAUUUGAUCUUUCUUCCUCCCCUUUUUGAUCUUUUUCUAAUUUUUGUACAAGAAAUGAAUCUUUUCUUUGUUUUUCCACUCUAGAUUGGAAUUUUUAGAUGUUCUUUACAUGAUGGGAUGGUUCCCAUGGUUGUAUCCCAGGAAACUCUAGAGAUAAAAAGGAAUACAGGUUUCCUUUUUUCUUCUCUCCA